GCAUCUCUCAGGGGUCGGUGGAAUUGAAGAAAAAAACCCCUCUACAAAACAACCUCAAGCAAUUAAAAACCUCCUGUUAUCCUUUUUUUCUCCCUUGACUCAGGCCGGACGCGGUUCCUUCAUUGUUUUCAUUGUGUUCCCCUCUUCGCCCGUUUUCCCAUCACCAUGUCACUUAAAGACUCGGUCGAGUCCGUCUUGACAAUCGCGCAGACCCAACUGUCCAAGAUAGCCUCACACAUACACCUGGAUUUUCUCGGGAUCCAUCCCGUUGCACACACCUACAGUCAUUACGUGGACCACCAGCAGCCUCCCGCCGCCGUGUUCCCGACCCCCCACGCCGCCAACGCGGACAACAAGAUCGUGCAACAGGCGCUCCUGUACGACUACUCGGCGAUCAUGGCCCAGCCGUUCGUGCUGGACCUGCCCACCGUACUUUGCCUCGUCAUGGCCUUUCUCCCGAUGCUGAUCGCCUAUAUCAUGGGCAAGCGACUGAUACCCGGGGCGGACUCCGCAGCGCUGCCCCGGUUGCUCUUCCUUUGGCACGCCUACGACGCGCUCACCCACUUCCUCAUCGAGGGCUCAUUCCUAUACCACUGCUUCUUCAGCUCCAUCACCAUCUCCGCCGCGCAGUCGCGCUUCGGGCCCGUCUUCCUCAACAACCGCGACCGCGCCUACGGGGCCACCUACGGGCCCGCCUGGGAUCCGACCGCCCGCCUGUGGCAGGAGUACGCCAAGGCCGACCAUCGCUGGGGCGGCGCCGACCCAACGGUCGUCUCUAUCGAGCUGCUGACCGUCCUGCUCGGCGGGCCCGCUGCCACCUACAUCUGCUACAACCUGUACCUCCUGGCGAAUGGCCGCCUGGGGGGCCGGCAGCGCGGCGUUGUCGCCGGCCGUACCUGGCUCGUGGCUGCCUGUCUGGCCACCGCCGAGCUGUACGGUGGGUUCAUGACCUUUGUGCCCGAGUGGUUGGCUGGCAGUCCCGCCCUGAACACCAGCCAUUGGAUGUACACCUUCGUCUACUUGACAUUCUUCAACGGCCUGUGGGUCAUUGUGCCUUUCUGGGUGCUGUGGCGCGCCGCGGAUGAGGUGACCCGUGCAUUUGUCGGCGGCACCCCCGAGCUGAUCGGCGGCGCGGCUGUGUCGGGGGGUUCGUCGCGGAAGAAAUAGGCUGGUCAAGAUUUGUGAAGAUCAAAUCUGGCUUGUUCUUUUGCGCCCCUGCGCUAUGAUGCGUUUUCUAGCGAACUAGAUUGUUUCUCAAUUAUUAUGUAUUCUUAAUGUGUGGUAUAUACCCUGUAUUUAGGCUAUAACUCUACUAGGUGAUAUGAAGAGCCGUCCUCGGCCAGUCGUACGACGCUCAUUUGGCUGCAUCAAGGCAAUGUGUCAAUUUCAGUCUGGUGACGGGUUGCGCUUCUACCAUGGCAAGUCGAGCGUUCCAUCGCUUCCAAAGUCCGAGCCCUUCUGGCGACGGCUCUCUGUGAGCUUCCGGCCU